UCCUCCGCAGGGCGCGCGGCAAUGUGAGCCAUGAGUGCGACGUGGACACUGUCGCCGGAGCCGCUGCCGCCGUCGACAGGGCCCCCGGUGGGCGCAGGCCUGGAUGCGGAGCAGCGCACGGUGUUCGCCUUCGUACUCUGCCUGCUGGUGGUGUUGGUGCUGCUGAUGGUGCGCUGCGUGCGCAUCUUGCUCGACCCCUACAGCCGUAUGCCUGCCUCGUCUUGGACCGACCACAAGGAGGCGCUCGAGCGCGGGCAGUUCGACUACGCGCUGGUGUGAGGGGCGCGGCGCCCGGGUCCGAAGGCCAGUCCGACCCGAGGAGCCCCUGGGCCCAGAUUGCGCUCAGGAUCCCGCGCCUGGUGGUGGUGGUUGGGUAUUAGGAGAAGCUCCGCCCCUUCCCAUUUCGACCCCUGGCAUUCCCCCAUCCUGGUCUGGCUCGAGCCCCACCUCGUGCCUUUAUUCGUCCUGCCCCUUUUCUCUGCCCAACUCACCUGCCUGGCUUGGUCCCCUGACUCGGAAUCCUUAGUGGAAGGAGGAACCCCUGUGCCACCUCUCCCCAGUGUAGAAGUGGUUCUGCUAUUGUCCGUUCCUGGGAGUGGGGAUUCCUUCAUCCUCCCUCCCCACUGUCAUUUGGCCUUUGUCAAUCUACCUUGAUAAAGUGAGUGUUGAGCCUGUCCUUGGGCUUCAGCCCUGUGGGACGGGCUCUCCUGAGCCCACGGAGCGGAUGCUGCAUACCAGUAUGCCCUGCACAGCCUGUCCCAAAGACGGAGCCUGAAGACCUGACAUGGCUGGUGUGUCCAGGAUGCGUGGCACCUUCCGUGAGGGGAGAGCUUGGGCAGGCUCCUUCCUGUCCCCAGCCCCGCCCCCAGCACAGGUCAGCACACCCUCCCUCAGUCCCCACCUCCACCCCUCCUCUGUCCCCAUCCACUCCCCAUGACUCCCCUGCCAUGCCCCCUACGCUCCUGCCAUGCCUUUUAACGCCUCCCUGCCUCUGAGCCGAUGAUGAUGAUGAUGAUGAUGAUGAUAAUAAAAGC